AUGAAUGCCAAUUUCACGGAGCGGUUCCAUGGCAUGACUCCCAACACCUUCAAAAACACCUCUGUUCCAGACGAUGACAUUCCCAUGCCCGAACCGUUUCGAGCCAACAACGAUAUCCGUGAAUACUUUCGAUUAGCUCAGAAACCUGUCGUUGGUGGGGCAUGGCUGGAUAAGCCAGAGAUACCAAGCCCGUCGGAAAUCCUGCGCGCAAAACCCGACCUCAAGAAAGGCAACGAGGCGCUUAUUGAGGUUGAAGAGAGUAUUCAUCCACACAGGCCCGAAGGCGCAUACAAUGGCAACGAAGAUUAUCUGCAAACCAAGUACGAGCUUCUACGCGAGGACGCUGUCCGACCGCUCCGCGAAGCUAUUGACGAGGUUCGUGCCGACCCGUUCAAGGAUGAAGCGGAGUAUAGCAACCAAAGCAUCGGCAUCUACGAUCCAGUGUACAUCACGUCACUCGUAUUUUCACCACGAGGUCUAGCGACCCGUGUCGCCUUCUCGCUCGGUCGGGUAAAGAAAUGGGAGCAGUCAAAGAGGUUGAUCACUGGCACCCUUGUUGCCUUAUCACCCACCAAUGAUGCCUUUCAGACACAAUGUGUGCUCGCUAUAAUUGCCGCUCGCCCUAUCUCCGCAUUAGAACAGAACCCGCCUGAGAUUGAUCUCUUCUUCGCGUGUCCCAAAGACCAGGAGAUAGAUCCCAUGCGCAAGUGGAUCAUGGUGGAGUGUCGAAACAGCUUUUUCGAAGCAAGCAAACAUACACUGCUUGCACUUCAACACUUGAUGAGGGAGCCAUUUCCGAUGUCCAAGUACCUGGUCCAUGUCCAGAAAGAGGUCGAUCCUCCAGCCUACAUCAAACACAACCCCUACAUCAACCUAAGCUCCCUCGUGAGUAUGGAAGAAAGUGCAGACUACGAGAAUGUGAAUGUGCUGGAAGAUUGGCCUACAAUGUCCUCGCAUUCGCUCGACAACUCUCAGAGCAAGGCAUUGAAGCGCAUGCUGACAAGCGAAUUGGCCAUCAUACAAGGCCCUCCAGGAACGGGAAAGACGUUCGUAUCUGUUGUUGCACUCCAGAUUGCCUGCGACAACUUGCGCAAAGAAGAUGCGCCUAUCAUUGUUACAGCUCAGACCAACCAUGCACUGGACCAGUUGCUCCGACAUACGUCACAAUUUGAGCCCAACUACAUUCGCUUGGGAGGCAGAAGUAAGGACAAGGAGAUCAAGAGACGAACACUGUUCGAAGUUCGCUCGGAUCUACCACAACAAAAGCAGCCUGGCAGUCACAAAGUGCAAGCUACCAUCGCGAUGAAGAAGUUGACGACUCAGUGUCAGAUGUUGCUAGCGCCCUUGGAAGUCAACAAAGGGCCGCUUGAUCAUAAAGUCUUACGUAGUCUUGGACUGAUCACCCAAAGCCAAGCCGAGUCACUAGAGAUGGAAUCGCAGUGCACCAUGGGAAGCUCACCUUCCGAUAGCCCAGGCAUCCUGAUGGAGCAGUGGCUUGGUAGAUGUCUUGCUCCAUGUGAUCGGCCAAUCGGACCAGAACAGUUUGACUGGGGAUUCGAAGAAGAUGACUUCGAGAUCGAACAACUCAAGGAGCUCGAGGCAGAAGCAGUGGCUCAAGACGACGACGAUAUAGAAGCUCUACGUGGACCAGUAACUCAAUUGAGCGACAACUGGAAAGGCACAGGAAUGUCGCUGAGCAAUGCUGAUAUCCAAGAUACAUUACGAAAAACGGAUGAUUUGACGACGAUUCGUGUUGUCGAUCGCGGUGCAAUCUAUAACUACUUCAAGCGCGAAGCCAAGAAUUUGAUUGUUAUCGAGAUUCGCAGGAUCGCAAAACUAUAUCAAGAGGCAGUCGUGCAGCGCAAGGUGGGCAUGUGGGAAGAAGACGUACGUGUUCUCAGCAAAGCACGUAUUAUCGGCUGCACCACAACUGGUCUUGCGAAGUAUCGCGCUCUACUUUGCGCCCUCCGGCCACGAAUCUGUGUUGUGGAGGAGGCAGCGGAAACACUCGAGGCCCCCGUCACAGCAGCUUGUUUCCCGAGUCUCGAGCACCUCAUCUUGGUCGGUGAUCACCAGCAGCUGCGCCCUCACACCCAAGUGCGUGCGUUUGAAGACGAACCCUACUUCCUGAACUUGUCACUCUUCGAACGUCUAGUCUGGAACGAUGUCGCGUUUGAUACGCUUACCCGGCAACGUCGUAUGAUACCUGAGAUACGACGGCUCCUGUGUCCCAUUUACCAGGACACACUCAAGGACCACAAGAGCGUAAAGGAUCUCGACAACCGUCCGCCAGUUGAAGGCAUGGGCGGAAACAACAGCUUCUUUUACUGUCAUGAGUGGCAAGAGUCCCGCGAUAUCAACAUGUCGGCAUUCAAUCCGAUGGAAGCACAGAUGCUAGUGCAGUUCUUGGACUACUUAGUCCUCAACGGUAUUGAUGCUACUAAAAUUACAGUAUUGACCUUCUACAACGGUCAGCGCAAAGAGAUCAUUCGGAGACUCAGGGUGCAUCCGAAUUUGCGUGGAGUAUUGCCCGACAUUCAGGUCGUGACGGUGGACAGUUACCAAGGCGAAGAGAACGAUAUCGUCCUGCUCUCUUUGGUACGAUCGAACCACAAGCAUUCUAUUGGCUUCCUGAGCUCCGAGAACCGCGCCUGUGUUGCCCUUUCCCGAGCUAAACGAGGCUCCUACAUUUUCGGAAACGCAGAGCUUCUCGCGUGCGAGAGCGGUACUUGGGCUUCGGUCGUUGAAAUUAUGUGGAGGAACAAGAAGGUCAAGGUGACGACAGGUCAGGAGCGGCGAGUAGGUUAUCAUCUCCCGCUUGAAUGCUUCAAUCAUGGACGGAAGAUAUGGUGCGAAGUUCCCGAGGACUUCGAACUCAUUAAAGGUGGUUGCGACAUCAAGUGCGAAGGAUCGUUGCCAUGUGGCCAUCGCUGCCCAUACCCAUGUCACCCCUUCGAGCACGACAGGAUCAAUUGCACGCAGAAAUGCUCCAGGCGCCUCGAGGCUUGUGGUCAUCCUUGCGUUGCGGAGUGUUGUGAUCCGUGCAAGUGCCACAUGUGCGAGCGUCGCAGUGGUGGCAUCAAAUCGACUCUGAAACCAGCAAACGGGGCGACAUCGUUUCGUGGAGCCUGGCCAAACACGCGGAACUUGAUGCUCGAAGACACGUUGCCCGGCCCUGGAUCCUCCAGACGUGGGAUCCAUACGUAUACGCCCACUUUACGCAUGAUGCCCCCCGGUCUAUUAGAUUGCACUACGGUGCAGUGGAAUGUAUAUGCUAAUGGCGGCGGUGUACAGGAAGAUGAUGCGCGAGCUAUUGCAAAGUUGCAAGAGGAGGACGCGCAAUAUUACGCACGUCGAGCAUCUACACCUAGGACUAGCAUUUCCAAUACAGGCGGCAAGCUGAUCGAGAUGUCGCCGGAGAAAGUGGCGACUGUUUCCAAGAACACACACUUGCUCCUCGAUCUUGAUGUCGAGCCACUGGUUCCAGAUAGUCAUCACCAAAUUACGCGGUCGUAUCCAACCGCUGCAAGCCCCUACGUCAACCUUCUCGAUUGA